CACCACACCCGUGAAACAAACACACUCACUACCUGAGAGCUACCAUUCUCAUAAUCACACGUAUAUGCACACAAAGUUUAUGCCUAAGCAUUAUAAAGAGUAACUAUAAUAGUAGGUUGUGCUGUAAAUGCAGGUGUUUUCAGACCAGUGGUUAAAAGUAAAGCAGACAGAGGAAGCAGUGUUGGGCUCAGGACAUAGAGAGAGAGAGAGAGGGAGGGCCGGGCUGAUGAAUAACUGUGUUGACGUUACAUUUUCCUGUUUCACAGCUAGCUGUAAUGUAUUCAUACUCAUUCAUACGGCACGGGAGUCACCUGCUCUGCCGUCACUGAGGACAGAAAUUUGACUGGCCAAAAAGAAGUAAGCUACAAUGGCGUCCUCCGGUAACAUGCUACCAGAAAAACAGUUCCAGUGCACCAUCUGUCAGCAAGUGUUCACCGACCCUGUCACCACCCCAUGUGGACACAACUUCUGCCAGGUCUGCAUCCAGAACAUGUGGAACAGCAGUGAUGUCUGCCAGUGCCCCACCUGUAACAAGUCAUUUACCCCGCGGCCUGAAAUAAGCAUCAACACGGCCUUCAAGGAGCUGGCCGACACAUUUCGGAACAUUAUCGUCUGUUCGUCGGCCUCGCUGCUGUCCAUGGCCAAACCGGGCGAGGUGGUGUGCGACGUUUGUGCCACGACGUCCCUCCAGGUGAAGGCGCUGAAGUCCUGCCUGGUGUGUCUGACCUCGUACUGUGAAGCCCACCUGGAGCCUCACCGGAGGGUCGCCACCUUGAAGCUUCACAAGCUGAUCGAGCCAGUGAAGAACCUGCAGGACAGGAUGUGUAAGAAGCACGAGAGGCUGCUGGAGAUGUUCUGCAGGGACGAACAGAAAUGUGUUUGCCAGUUCUGCACCGAGACCGAGCACAAAGGUCACCGGGCUGUCACGAUAGAGGACGAGAGUGGGGGGAGGAAGGUCCAAAUGAAGGAGACUGAAGAAGAUUUUCAGCAGAUGAUCCAAGAACGACUGAAGAAAAUGGAGGAGAUCAAAAACUGUCUGAAGCACAGCACAAUGAGUGCAGAGAAAGAAAUGAAGGAGAGUGACCGUCUCUUUGCGUCUCUGAUUCGCUCGAUCGAGGAAAGACAAACCGAAGCCAGGACAGAGAUCGACCAGAAGCAGAAAGCAGCAGAGACAAGGUCGAAGGAGCUCAUUGACGAGCUACAAGCUGAAAUCGCUGAACUGCAGAGGAGAAACGCUGAGAUAGAGGAGCUGAGGAACACUGAGGACCAUCUGCACCUCUUACAGAGGUCGCCCUCUCUCAUGUCACCUCCACCCACCAAGGAGUGGAUGGAGAUCAGCGUCCACCCUGAACUCAUCGUGGGGACGGCGAGGAAAGCCUUGUCCAAAGUGGACGACACCGUGAAGAACGAACUGGACAGACUGAAGACGGAAGAGAUGAAGAAGAUGCAGAAAUAUGCAGUUGACGUUGUUUUAGACCCGGACACCGCCCACCCAAACAUCGUCCUGUCACCUGAUGGAAAGCAGGCAGGCCGCGGUGAGCUGCUCCACAUCGUGCCCGACAACCCCCAACGUUUUGACCCUGUCAUCUGCGUUGUGGGCAAGAGAGGCUUCCUGUCCGGGAGGUUCUACUUCCAGGUUGCGGUGGGGACAAAGACCUUCUGGGACCUCGGUGUGGUCAAAGAGUCUGUCAACAGGAAGGGGAUGAUCACCUCCAAACCGGAGAACGGCUACUGGACGAUGCGCCUGAGGAGUGGGGAUGAGUAUCGCGCUUUGGACUCCCCCUCCGUCCUUCUUACCCUCAAGGAGAAGCCGCAGAUUGUCGGAGUGUUUACGGAUUACGAGGAGGGGACUGUGUCGUUCUUUAACGUGGAGGCCAGAUCUCAUAUCUACACCUUCACUGGGUGUUUGUUUACAGAGAGGAUCUUCCCCUUCUUUAGCCCGGGUGUUUUAGAUGACGGGAAGAACACGGCGCCGUUGGUUAUUACAGCUGUUAAUCAUGAUAGUUGAGGAUGAGCCUUUGACAGUAAUGGUGAAUCAACUUUAAAGGUCCAGUGUGUAACAUUUAGGAGGAUCUAGGUUGUCUUACAUGCUUGAAAGCAAAGAGUGUGGCAACAGAUGCAACUAGAUCCUACACACUGGACCUUUAAAUGUGAAGUGUAGCUCAUAUCAGGCCAACAUAAAGCACUCACAGACAAAAUAUUAAAACCUGAUAAAACACAGCCAGCUGCUUGAAUAAUAAAACCAUCUAUUUAAAGUAUUUUACAAUAGAAAGUAGGCCAAUAGUCUUAAUAGUAAUAGACAGAAGAAAAUAUGGAUCAGUGAAGAUUUUAAACGUGUAUUUUCUUUUCAAGUUAUUAUUGCUUCAUAAAACGCCCAUCACGAUGUGUUACCUGUUUAAUUUUAAUAUUACACAGGCGUAUUUGUA